AUGCCGAAGAACGCGUUAGUCAUCUUGCGCUAUGGGCCAUACAGUGCAGUCGGCCUGUCUGUGGAGUACCGCACCUUCCGCCUAGAGGGCCUGCAAGCUGUGUUGGCCAGAGAUGGACACAAUGUCAUCCUAGAAAAGAUAGAAGACUGGAAUGUGGUAGAACUCAUGGUGAAUGAAGAAGUCGUCUUUUACUGCAACAUCAAAGAACUGGAAUUUGGAGGUGAUGGUAAACUAGACCCACUGUGCGAAGAGGCCAGGAUAGCCAUCCUAAAUGCCUACUGA